AUGACCCUUGCCAUGUCCCUGGGCGUGGCUCAGGAGUUUGCGUUACCACCCAGAACUGCGCUCGCGACGGAGGGACAAGCACCCGUAACUAUUGCCCGAAUGAUCCAGAUAACGUACGCUGUUGCACAAAAGCGCCCUGUGGACCUUCUGGCCAGUGCGGAAGCUGUAUGUGGACAUCUGAUUGUACUCCACCGACGUGGAGGCUGGGUCCAGUAG